GAUAAAUGCUUUUAGCACAUUCUGAGAGAGACAGACAUUUGAUUGACUGCUACUGUGAUCAGUUAAGGAUUGCUAUCUGCAUGACUAUGUCUCCUCCACGGACAUUUGGAUUCCCUUUCUAUAGGAACAGAGCACUGGGAGCUAGCUGGGGAGUGUUUUGUCGAGCUCUGCCGGCGAGAUGCGAAGCAGAGCAAAGGGAGGUAGAGAGGGAAUAAAAAACCUUGCAUACACUUCAGCUGUGGUACUGUGGGAUUUUCUCUCCUUUUAUAUAAGCAGGCAGAUUAGAUCGUCAGGCAUUCCCAUGCAGAAAUCUGAGAAAAAUUGAACAAUUUCACUCUUCAUUUGGUCUGCCUGUUAUUGACUCACUCAGGCACAUAUCCUUCUCACCCCCCUCCCCUGUCUGUGCCCCCAGCUUCGCUCAAUUCAUGCUUCUGUAGUUUCUAUUUACCUCUGCUAAGCGACCUUCUUUCUGGUAAGAUUUCUCUCUCCUCUCUUUCCCUCUCUUUCGCACUGCCUCCCUCCCACUGCUUGUUAUCUCCCUCCCCUAGCUUUUUCAAAGCCAGCAAUCUGAUAUUCUAUACAGGUUGCUUGCUACAUGAUCUUGGAAAACAGAGUUCAACACUGCUCUUUCGCUGCUCGAUGGUGGAGUUCUCUCCUGUUUCUAUUUCAAGAACAGCUGGAUGCUCCUGCACAGGGAUUGAUCAGCCCUUUCCCCUCUCGUUCUCCCCUUCCCCUUCCCCUUCCUGAUCUCCCACCCUCUGCCCCUCUCUACUUCCCAACACCCGUUUGCUUUCUUCCUCACCCAAAGCCUCCCUCUCCAUUCCCUCUCUAUUCCUUCCCCCUUGACCAUGUUGCCAUGUGUCUGCUGGCUCCAGCCUCUCCUCGUCUUUCUGUCUUCUGUCUGGCGGGCUCAGGGGGAACACUGCCCAGCUAGCUGCCUGUGCCCAGAUGCACACACUGUGGACUGCAGUGGUCGCGGACUCACCCGUCUUCCUGAUGAGAUCCCCUUGGACGUCCGCAGGCUUCUUCUGUCUGAUAACUGGAUCCCACGCAUACCCUCUGACUUCCUAGUUCUCUACAGUGAUUUGGUCUACCUGGAUCUACGGAACAACUCUUUGUCCCAUAUUGAGCCGGGCACCCUAAGCACCUCUUCCAGGCUGGUGUUUCUGGAUUUGGGCAGCAACAACCUGACUGAGAUCCCAUCUGGGACAUUUGGGCAGUCCCGUAGCCUGAUCAAACUUCGCCUGAGCAACAACCCCUUUCUGAGCAUGGUCAACGAGGAUGCAUUCAUGGGCCUGACCUCCUUGCGUGAACUAGAGCUGGAGCGUAAUGCCCUGUCUGGCCUUCAGGUGGGAGCGCUGAGCCAGCUGCCAUCCUUACGUGUGGUGAGACUGGAGGGCAACCCUUGGGUGUGCAACUGCAACUUUGCCAACCUGUUUGCAUGGCUAGAAGAAAACAGUCACAAGCUACCGAAUGGAGUGGAGGGCAUACAAUGUACACUACCCAUGGAUGGCAGACAGGUGUCCCUGAGCCAGCUCUCAAAGGACAGCUUCCGGGAGUGCCAGAUCACGCUUACCUUAACAGACUUACUCAUCAUCAUCUUUUCUGGCAUCUCUGUGUCUGUAGUGGCCAUCAUGACUAGCUUCUUCCUUGCUUCUAUUGUCCACUGUUUCCAGCGUACAAGCAAAACUACUAAGGGAGAUAUGGAGGAGAGUGAGGAGUGAAACAGACUGUGUCCGAGAACAUCCAUGAAUUGACAAGUCAUCUAGCCCAAACCUGAGACCAGGCUGCUACCCAACAUGCCACCUUACGCUAGUGAAGAACCGGAACAGCGAUUGUGUUUAAUUGGCCCGUUUUGCAUUGGAUUGUAGGUUUUUACAAAAGCUCUGAAACUUGAGGAGAUGUUCCAGAUGGGGAAAAGUUUCCAACAAGUGUCAUACUGCACUAACAUAUUUGAAAAGUUUUUUUAUUGCAUAUUUUACAGCUCUGUUAUACAGAACCUUUUACAGGUGGGUAAUGAUUUGCUGAAAUGUAGAAAAAAUAUCUAACAACCUUUAGAUAGAGUUGCAUACUUUGUAGUAAGGUAUUUGGCGCCCAGCCCCAAACAUUAUUGGAUUGACAUUAUUACAUCAUAAAAAUGGUUAUACAGUCAUCAAACAAAUUUAUUGUAAACUAUAUAUGUAGCUAUGUAUUAGUAGGCUCUUAGAUCCCAAAAGUAUCCUACAGAGCAAUGGCUAAAUGGAAGUGUUUGUAGUGUACUGUAUGUUGUCUUAAGCCAGGGCCUUAGCACUUAGAUUAUGGCAUCAAUUCCAUGCCAUAUUGAUAUAUUUCUUUUUUUUUAUUGAAUAAUUUAGAGUGGAUAUUAAGACUAAAACAUUAAGACUAAAAUGAUAUAAAUGAAAAUGUAUAUAAUUGUAAACAAAUAGAAUGAUAUCUAAAACAAAACAAAAAACUUGGAUCUAGCCUAAUGGUCAAGACCAUUCUAAUCCCUGAGCUGACAAGGUGGAAGAGAAAAUGGUUGUUCUUGUCCCUGAGAAAGACAGUUAACCCUAAUUGUUCCCAGGUUCUUCCUGUAAAUUAAAAUAUGUUCUUAGCUUAUCUAAAAAAUUAAACAAGCACAAAACAUUCAUUUAUAAGCAAAUAUAUUGUUUUCAGGUAAACUUUUAAAAAGAGCCCUGAAUUGUGCAGCUGUAAAGCCACUACUUGUCAGUCAGUUGUGUAAUUGUGAGACCAGGAUUUGAAACGGCAUAAUGAAUUAGACCAGUAGCCUCUCUGAGCACGAUGACAUUUGUAAGCUAUAUUCAGUAAAAAGCACUGUUGACUUCCUUCUUUCUGGCAUGUAUGCUGCACAACAUUGGAUGUACUUUGGAAGACGCAAAACUCGACAUCAACUGUCCCAAGUCCACUGGGAGUUAUUGCUAUGAAGCAGGUCCUUCAUUAUAAAUUGAAUAUCACCAAAACAAAAAAAAGUUUCCAACACCUAAUCCUAUUUUUACCUCUUAUUUAUGCUCUUCUGCAGUUACUACCUUUGGUUACAGUAACCUGAUCUUUGACAAUUUCUUUGCCUAUUUUUUUUAGCACAUUUAAUAAAUGAAGGGAAGUGUUUAGAUGUAGGAAUAGAUAAUAUGUCUUCAUUAGUCCACCUGUUUUUGAGUGAGUGAUCAUCUUCAAAAUCAAUGAACAGGUUGAUAUUUGGUCCAAAAGUUCACCAGAAAAUACACUGCUCCAAAAAUUUAAGGGAACACUACAAUCACACAUCAGGUCUCAAGGA